UGUUUUCUCUCUCCAGGUGUGCACACUUUCCAGCUCAUGUACAGCUGUGAGUGGGAUAACGAGACCACAGGAGGGCUCUUACAGUAUGGAUACGAUGGGGAAGACUUCAUUACUUAUGACAUGAAAAACCAGCGUUUCAUUGGACCUACUCCACAGGCGUUUAUCACUGCAGUGAAAUGGAAUAAUGACCCAGCUCUGCUUGAGAGCUGGAAGCAGUACCUGACCCAGAUUUGCAUUGCCUCGCUGAAGAAGUACGUGAGCUACGGGAGGAGCACUCUGGAGAGGACAGUUGCUCCUAAGGUCUCUCUGCUGCAGAAGGACUCCUCCUCUCCUGUUACCUGUCAUGUGACUGGAUUCUACCCCCGUGGCGUCAUGGUAACCUGGCAGAGAAACGGGGAGGACCUGAAUGAGGACGUGGAGCUGGGAGAGAUGGUGCCCAACGAGGACGGAACAUUCCAGACCACAUCUCACCUGACAGUGAAGCCUGAGGAAUGGAAGAGCCAAGAGUACACCUGUACUGUACAGCACAAGAGCCUGAAACAGGACAUCGUUCUGUCUGUCAAAGAGGAGAACAUCAAGAGGAACAGCGAUAUCAAGAAGGGCAGCAGCCCCCCCAUGGGCGUCAUCAUCGGCUGUGUGCUGGGCGCUCUCAUCCUCAUCCUCAUCCUCGCCGUCAUCGGUGUCGUCAUUUGGAGGAAGAGAAGCUCAGGUGAGAGUCACUGACACACAGAGAUACUGAGACUGAGUAACAGACA